AUGGACGCGCCCGGCGGAGCGCGGGAGCCCCGCUUCGGGUCGCCGUAUAGUAUGGGAAUCCUCGGCGAGAUGCCGGACAUGUACGGAGCUGGCCGGCCGCCCAGCGCGCUCGGCGGCGGCGGGCUGCGGCCCGGCAUGCAGCCCUGUCCCAUGCCGCGCGCCGGAGUCAAGCGGCCCUCAGACCAGUGCUACGACGAGAGAGCGCAGCAGGGGGUCGGCCUGGAGCACUGCCCCAUGCCCGACAUAGCAGACGACGGCUAUGCUUCUCUUCAGCCCAAGAAGUCGCCACCUUCCAAUGGCAAAAAGACCAAGGGUCGUGUGAAGAUCAAAAUGGAAUACAUUGACAACAAACUGCGACGGUACACGACAUUCUCCAAACGGAAGACUGGGAUUAUGAAGAAGGUAAUCGAGAAGUCGGGACGUAAUCAAUUUGACAGCUAA